AUGACUGGAAGCAUAAAGUUGCGUUUCAUCAGGGUGACCGAGGUGUGUGGGGCGAAGCGACUGGGUUACUUUGGUACACCUCAGUUCUACGUAGCCCUGAAGCUGCUCGCCGCUGCCCAGUCUGGUCUGCCUGUUCGCCUGGAGAGUGUUACGGCCAAUCUACCUCUGCCCAGAUUUGUUGGGCUGAAGAAUGAACCAGAGAUGCGAUACUCAACCGUCCCUCCCAGUAUAGAGGGUCAGGGGGCUACACCUGGUUCUGUGUUAUGGACGCCAGCUGAGAGAGGCACCUUGAGACACCUGGAGGCCAGUGUAGAGAAGAAGGAACCCUGGUCCCCACCUCGAUCACCGUGCACCUCACCACCCCACUCUCCCAUGACCUACCGCAGCUACCCAUACACCAAGCAGAAAAAUGGAGCAGACUCACAGAUCAUCUAUGAAAGCAAACCGUCCUCACGACCGAUCGUUAAGCUGGAGCAGCACACCUCACCCAGUAACUACGGGACCAAACCCAGUGUAGAGCAUCCUGCGAUGGCUCGGGCUGCUUCAGCGGAGAGGCUGGCCCAGCAGGCUGCAGCGGAUUAUUCUGAUGAUGACCCCUGGAGGAUCACAGAGGAACAGCUGGAGUAUUAUACAAAUCAGUUCAAGACCCUCCAGCCUGACCUGGGAGCUCUCAUCCUGGGAGCUGUUGCAAAAAACUUCUUCACUAAAUCCAAGCUCCCAAUACCAGAACUCUCCCACAUCUGGGAGUUGAGUGAUGUGGAUCGAGAUGGAGCUCUCACUUUCUCUGAGUUCUGCACAGCCUUUCACUUGAUUGUGGCACGCAAGAAUGGCUACCCUCUCCCAGAGAGCCUUCCCCCAACGCUGCAGCCAGGGUUCCUGCAGCAGGAGGACGACAUACCAGAUACUCCUGAAAGUGUGGAGCCUCUUAUUGACUUUGAGGAUUCUGAACCAAGGCCCAGUCAGAUGGAUCGAAGCAUUAUAGAGAGAAUCCAGCCAAGUUUAGCAACAACAAAACAAGCUUUGAAAGAUGAAUCCUGUAAACGAGAUGCGAGUUUGAAGCGGCUGACAACAUCUGAAAUGAAACGCACUCUAUAUCUUGGUGCUUUUCCUGAGAGGCCAGAGCCGCCUCAGGACCUAGAUCCACAGAUGAGGACCAAAACAAGGCCGAGGUCCUACUCUAGCACUUCUAUUGAAGAUGCAAUGAAGAAGUCAGAGGAGCCUCCGACCCCCCCACCUCGACCCCAGAAAACCCACUCCAGAGCCUCCUCACUGGACCUCAACAAGCUGUUCCAGCAGGGCACUCCAGGUGUAAAAAGUGGAUGGCUGCUUCCUCCUGCCCUCCCUCCAAGACCAAUGACCUCACAGGUUCCUCAUUUUAUCAACGCUUCAGAGAAAACUCCCUCAAGUAAAGUGCAGCAGCCCAACUUUGCAGACUUCAGUCACUUUAAGGAAGAGGAGGAGAACAGAGUAAAACCUGAGGAGCAGAGUUUACGAUCUCGAUUUGGUCCAAAUACUGAAGACUUGACAAAUGCUCCAAAGCAGGAUGUUAUGGCUGUUUGUCCCAGUCAGGCUCCACAGAAACCAGUUCGGAGGAAGUACCACCCAGAGAGCCAGAACCCAGAGGCUGCACCUUUACCCGCUGUGCCGUUUCCUCACUCCUCCAAACCUGCUCAAAAACAGAAGAGGGAGAUCCAGAUGGCGAUCCGUAAGAAUAAAGAAACCAACGCAGUACUGACACGCCUCAACAGUGAGCUCCAACAACAACUCAAGGUGGUUCACCAGGACAGGGUCAUCUUGGAGACCCAGCUUGAGCUUCUGCGGCCUGUGGCCUCGACGUGACUGAGCCUCAAGUCUGGUUCCCAGUGUUUCACUGAG